AUCCAGAUCGUGGCAUAGGGACUGUUAUCUACAAUGAAAUGGGUUACAUUAUUGGCUGUGGUUAUAAUGGAUAUGUGACAGGUGCAACCUAUGGAAAUUUUCCUCGUGAGGGACGAGGUACUGCAGCAAAAAAAACCUCUCUUGUACAUGCUGAAGCAAAUGCACUUCUUUUAAGAUCUCAGAAAGAUCUGGAUAAAGCAGUCCUUUAUUCAUCAAAAAAACCAUGUGUGAGCUGCCAGCUGUUAAUAGAGGCAAAAGGGAUUACAAAAGUGAUUUCCAUAGAUGAUACAAACGAACGAGACACAGCUUAUACACUUGUUUUGUGGAAACCGAGUGCUGAUGCCCAAGUGACAACAGGCAGCAGCACACCAGCCACCAGCAGCAGCACACCAGAUUCCAGCAGCAGCACACCAGAUUCCAGCAGCAGCACACCAGCCACCAGCAGCAUAGGUCAUUCACGUCUGCGAGAGAAAGAUGACCUCUGCAUGUUGCUAGCACUGUACAUGGAGUAUUCUACAGACUGUGAGGAACCAGCAAAAGCAGAAGAUCUGAAGUAUUGUAAAAGUGGAAUUGUCAUAUGUGAACCAAAUAAACCAAAGUGGAUUGUUACAAUCGACUGUUCCAGAAAAAAACUCCAUGCCGUGCAACAAGCACUCUUGAAUUUACCCAGUGCAGUGAAAGGAUGUGAAGUGUUCCUGUCAAAGAAACCCUGCAGCACCUGCGCCAAAUUAUUAAUACAAGGGCAAGUUUCAAGAGUAUGUUACUGGCCAGAUAUGGAGCUUCCCUCAGAAAACAACACAAAUGAAGAACAGGUUGCUGAGUCAGAUGCUGUUGAAGUUGGUCUGUUGUUUAGCAAAAGUUGUGUUACUGCAGAGAUAUAUAUACCACUGAUGGACUUUAACGAAGUGCAUCAAAAUAUUUUAAAUAUUUCCAAAUCAACAGCGAGGCCUGACAUAAAACUCAGAACAGUUUUACAGGCAAGAAACAGAGGGAAGCUGCUAAAUGUUGAAAACAUCACUGGGGACUCCAAAAAGAAAUUAAUAAAGCAAAUCAAUAAUACAGAAAAGUGUAUGCAGGCACUUCUUGGUAAUUUUCAAGAGACAUCUGUUGGCAUUAAUCAUAAUGAGGAUUCAAAUGACAAGAAGCAACAGAAGUACAUACAUGCCCUAAACAUGUGCUACCUAAUGGCAGCCCGUACAGAGUGUCCUAAUGGAACAGGGACUUUAAUUUACAAGAACCAACACAUUGUUGCUGCAGGAUACAAUGGAUUUCCAAAAGGCACAAGUAUAUUUUCUCAGACUGAUAAUGAUCAUGGAGAAAUCGCUGCUGAAGCAAACGCACUCUUACUUGGUUCUCCAGAGGACAUGGAAGGAGCUAUCAUGUUCACUACAACAUUCCCAUGUGAAACGAGCAUCCCCUUGAUUAAAGGGAAAAAAAUAAAGGAAGUAGUGUGCUCAGAUCAAAGUGAUAUGACGGAUAAACAUUUCCUGAAAGAAAUUGAACUAACUCAGUGGAAACAACGUGAUCCUAAAGACAUUGAAAAGGAUAAGACUGUAAACCCCUGCUAAUCUCUAAAUAGUAAUUUAGAGAGGUGUUGAUGCCUAUAGUUCAGAUUAUUUUUUUCAAAUGUACAAUUAUAAUUGCUUCCUCAUCUGUAGAAUUCAAAUGGUAAAUCAAGUUUGUUUAUGUAAAGUCUUACAGAACACCCUGCAGUGUUUAUGAGAAAUGCAUUCAUUUAUGUUUCCUGCAUCUUGUGUUGUCCUUACCGUCAUGUUAUAUUUUUCAACAUGAUUUUGAUUGCUUUGAUAUUUUUAUUUACACAUUAUGGUGUCAAAAAAUGCGAUGGACCUUUACUGAAGAGCAUUCCCCAAGGGAAAGAUCAUUUUUCUUAUUAACAUAAAAGUGUAUCCAAAUCAAGCACCCUCCUACAACAAUGCUGAUACUGUACUCUUGAUUAAAAUAAAUGGCUUGAGGAAACAGAAAAAAAGAGCAUUGUUGAAGGGGGUAACCGGUUCUGGAUGGGGCAGGCAGUGGAGGGGGCAGGCCAGUGCCAGUUUGGUUCAAUUUACAUCGUUCCAUGGGUCAAAAUGGGUCAAAAUUCCAGAGACAAAUUGAAGAAGCAUUGUCUUAGUGAGCCAGAAAUAGACUUCCUUAUCUCCUGUAAUCCUGUUCCAUAUCUCGUGUUAAGAAAGACUUCUCAAAACAUCAUAACAGAUAACGUUAGGGCCAAUAAAACUAGCAAAAAAUAAAUAAAAUACAAUAAAUGCCAACCAGCGAAAGGGCACAGAGCUACAGUAUGUCAGUGCUUCCCCACGAUUGUCCAAAGUACAUUCUCAGGAGUUUCACAACAGAUCUCUGAAUAAACUUUUAAAAAGGUGAAUCUGUUUAAACUGUGCAUUUCUUAUCAAUAUAAAUUACAAAUACAAUAUUUAGUCGAGAUAUACAGGCCUUCACUGUUGCUGAUAAACCUCUGAAGUCUCAGCAACAAGCUCUGUUUAACUCCAUCAAUAAUAGUAUUAGUAUUAGCUUUUUUUUUUUGAAAAUCAGAUUGGUUUUACUAGACAUAUUCUGUUUUAACUUGAAAUUCAUAUUACAGUGAAGCUAAAGGUCACAUUGCUGAGUGAGGAGGGUAACUGUAUAAAAAACAUAUUAAUAGUACAUAGUUCAAAAAAUAAACUUAAAUUAGAUUAGUAGUAAUGAUAGUCUAUUGGCACAACUUUUGCACAACACAACACAUUAACAAAACUCUGUUCAAAGGACAAGUAGAAUGAUCCAGUUACAUCUGUUGUAAUCCUGGGUGCGCUACGAUUAGGCAAGUACAUUUGGAAUGUUUCUGUAAUAUUCUAAAAUCUUACAAAGUUGUUGUAAACACCCUUUUUAAUGCAUUGCACAUUUAUAGUACAGUACAGUUGCUUUGAUGCAUUACAUCCAAAAUAUUAGGCUAGAGCAGGGGGUGGGCAAUUCCGGUCCUGGAGGCCCGGUGUCCUGACUGGUGUUUGUUCCAACUGACCAAUCAAGCUUCUAAUAAGCACUUAAUUGGUCCAAUUAAGUAAUUUAGGGUACAGUUGAAACAAAAAGCAGGAGGGACACCAGCCCUCCAGUACCGGAAUUGCCCACCCUUGGGCUAGAGUAUACUUAAUUACCAUAAAAUGACACCUACUGGUGUGGCACUUUAAAGUUUGAUGUAAAUCCAUAUUAAUGACAAUGGCACAUAAGAGACAUUUUCUCUGUUUAGUGAAUUUAAAAUGUUUUUUUUCAAUUGACUUGCCCCAUGAUUUGUGAAUAAAAUAUCAAAACAAUCAGAAUCAUGGUGAAAAAUAUAUGGGGAUACAACAAAGGUUUGUAAACACUGAAGGGAGUUCUGUAACACUUUUAAAGAGCUUUUAAAACUUGUGUGUUGUCUUUAUGUUUUCCAGUUUUUAAACUAAACAAUUUAUAGUUUUAUUCUGAUUACUGUACAACAUAAAUCCCUACAAGUAAUAAGCUGCUGUUAUUUUUAAAUUUCCAAAUGAAAUGAAAACAAUACGUGAACGGGCAUGGAAUACAACGCAGUAGUAUAUAGAGGGAGUCUGAGAGAAAAAAUGACACCAAAGUUUGGUGCUUCUUUCAUUUGUUUGGUGUGCAAGGUAAUCAAACAUGCAAUCUUCAGGUGUGAAAAUGUUAUUGAAAACAAGCGGAUCAUGCUUGAAAACCCACAAAUGUUACAUUUAUGUGUGUGUGUUUGAGGUUCUAAAUUUAAGAAUGUUUAAUACUGUAUUUAAAUUAAAACAAACAGAUGUGUGAUUUAUGAUUGAAAACCUGAAUGCAUUUAAAACCUUUUUUCUUGUUAAUUAGUAAGUUUUAGUAUUUGAUAUUUACUCAGCAUAAGUUCCUAAGCUUUCAAAAACCAUGCCCUAAGCAUGCAAAAUAGUACAACACUAACUGUAAACCAAUGUGGUUUUAUUAAUUUGACAUACACAUACACUGUACAUACAGUACAGUAUAGGAAAUCAGAUUGAUUGUAUUGUUUGCACAAGUGGUUUUAUAUGUCUGGUUUUUCAGGAAAUAUUGAUUGUGGUGUUUGUUAUAUUUUAAGCACAUUAUAUUUAGAAAAUAUAUUUUCAUACAAUUUAGUUAAAUUAUAUUAUUUACAAUCUUUCCAAAUAAUGCAAGAAAGUUCCUUACUAAAUUGGACAGUUUUUAUGUGUAAUUGCCUUUAUGACUUAUAACAUGUACAACCUUUUAUUUUCAUAUCCAUCAGGAAGGGUAAGAAUAGUGAUUUAAAUGAGGUUUUCUAAUGCUAUCACAGAGAUGGAAAUAAGACUCCCAUUGCGUAGCAGUUUGAGACAUUCCUGGUUUAAUGACACACCUGAGCUUGGUACCAAUACACUGUGACUACUCAAGUUUAUGGUAAAACCUGGAAUGGAUAAAAGUGCUAUGUAAUAGGAGUCUUAUUUCCAUCCCUGCUAUCAUACUGUAUUCAAACACUACAAGACAACACUAUUUAUGAUCAAUUUGAAACUGUUCUUUAAGGUCAAAUUAUGGAACUGAACUUUUAAUCUACUGUUUUCCAAUAAAUUCAUUUGAUUUUGUUUUAUUAUUCAUUAUUAUUUUAUUAUCAGCAGUUAACGUGUGCCAUUAAUGGAUGCACCAAUUUUUACUGCCUUGUGUUCUCAUAUACUUGCUUUUGGGCAGCAGUGUGGAGUAGUGGUUAGGGCUCUGGACUCUUGACCGGAGGGUCGUGGGUUCAAUCCCAGGUGGGGGACGCUGCUGCCGUACCCUUUACCCAGAUUGCUUGGAAAAACCCAACUGUAUAAAUGGGUAAUUAUAUGUAAAAAUAAUGUGAUAUCUUGUAACAAUUGUAAGUCGCCCUGGAUAAGAGUGUCUGCUAAGAAAUAAAUAAAUAAAUAAUUUACAUGUCAACUGUUUAUAAUCAUGUAAUUUUUAAAUUCUCAAUAAAAAUCUAUAGAAUAAAAU